GUUAAACCAUUAUUACGGCAUUACGGACAUAUUUUUUUUUUUAUGGAGGCACAUCUUAUAGGAAUUAUUUGUUUAAACUAUUAAUUAAGUUACUGUGACUAAGAAACAUAAACUUUAAGUUUUUAGGAAUAAGUACGUUAAAGUUAAGUACGUGUAGACGUAAAUAUUAGAUUAGAUACCGGUACUUACUUAUACUUAUACUUUCUAAACUAACACUUAUUUAUUUAAGUUAUUGAAAUAUUAAAUUUAGGCAAUUUAAUUAGUAAUACCGGACCGUAAAUAAAAAUUGGAACAAACCACAAGAAGAUAUGUUACUAUUAUGUUACUUAGGCUUGAAAAAAAAACACCACUCGAUCGCAAUCCCAUUAAAAUAGCCUGUUUGUUAUCCCUGCCCUAUAAAUUAUAAAUUCCCAUCCACUUUGUAUUUGUAUUUAUCCACGGUCAGCAAUCGGGUCAAUCAUAACACUAUUACUAUUACACUAUUACUAUUAUUAUAGUAGUAUUUUAUAAUAUAACAGAUAUAUAGUUGAUAGCUCUUGACUUUUAUGUCAUGUCCUUUGACUGAAACAAAAUUUUAACUUUUAGUUUAUUGUACAUCUUUACUUUCUCAGUCAUAAAUCAUCCCGCUUAUUUUUUAAAAUUUAUAGUCAUUAUAGUCUACAGUACUUAGGGGCCAUCCAUAAAUUAAAUGAUGUCACGCGUCUAGGGGGGGGGGAAAGGGGGUUUCAGGUUUUUGUGACCGAUGUGUGACGAGGGGGAGGGCGGGGAUCUCAAGCCAUGUGACGUCACAUGAAAAGCGGAAUGUUGUAGUAAAGAAUUUCACUUAAUAACACUAAAUUACAGGCAUUUUUGACAUUAUUUAAAAAACAAAACAAUUAUAGCUAUUUUAUUUUAAAACUAUCACUGAGGCUGAGAGAAAUAGCAUAAUAGGAAUGCCAGGUCGGAAGAAUGGCCUCAGAUCAAGUUACGGGAUGCCCAGUAGUGGAGAAUCGGAAUGCCCUUUCUUUUUUAUACACCCCCCCUGCCCCUAAGCCGUAAAAAUUAUACUGUAAUAAAAUUUAUUAUCGGAAUUUUAUUUCUUUAAUGAACUUUUUAUAAACAGGGCAAAAAAUUACUAAUUCACGCAAUGCGCCAAUGAAAUUCAGCACUGACAGCUGCUAAUCAAAAUCCAUAAAAACUUGCAUUAAAAAAAAAAAAUUAAAGCAGCAACAACUAGCAAUGGCAGCAAAUACAAUCAGUGACAUAGCUAGGGUUGGUGUCACCCGGUCCGGUAAGCUUGUGGUGUCAACCCCCCCCCUUUUUUUUCACGAUGUAUUUCUUCUUGUUAAACUUAGUUCACAGUAUAAAAAUACAAGAACAAACAACAAUUUAAUGAAAAUCAGGAGGUGAAUGUAUUUCAGAACUUUAACUUGUACUUAUAAUUGUCCCUUGCUGUCAAAGGAUAGCUCUAUUUCUCAGAAUUUAGAUAUUUAUAGCUCCUUGUCGCUUACAAAAGUAAGUUACCGAACACUUCAUUCGGCGUUGAAACAUGAUCAAAACAGUGUGUUUCUGACCUAAUAAUAUGGUAAUCUAAUUACAUUGGCAUCAACCUUGACAUUUUAAUAUUAACGAAACAUGCAUUUUGAUUGGUUACUUGGGUGCAAAAUGAACGUGUCGUCUGUUAUCCUUUUAUAAAUUUCGGUUAGACCGAUCAGUGUGUGCUCUGUAAUUACUUUAUUUUUCAAUUUGGUGUCACUCCCUGUGAUGGUGUCGACCGGUGUGGUCUGCACCCUUCUAGCUACGCCACUGAAUACAAAUUUUUGGUCUUCCACACCUCAAGGUUGGGGAGGUACUUUUACCCCAGGUUAAGAACCACUGAUCUAAUGAAAUGUUUCUGUCAUGGGUGCAGUAAUUUGAUAUCCAUGGGAGGUGAAUUUCUUAAGGGUUUGUAAAGGACAAUAAUGGACACAGGGACUUUUUAUAAGGGGGGGGAGGGGGGGGGUGGGGGUAAAAAAUCUGCAAAAUUUGUGUGACGUCAUUUAUGGAUGGCCCCUUAGUCUUAGACUUAGUCUAAUAAUUUUUGACUUAUACUUAUAUUAAUAAUAUUAUUAUAUUAUACAGUUUAAUUUAAAGUUAGCAAACAAAAAACACAAAUUUGAGAAUUCUAGUUUACAUUUUCAAUAGGGUUCAAUUAAUCAAUGGUUAGUUUUUUUUAUUACUGACCUAUGGUUCUAAAGUCUAAAAUUAUUUUUGACUUUUACUUAUAGGGACAAGUCAUUUCACGUCAAAUUUUAAACCCAUGAAGGCAAUGAAGGACUUUACAUAAAUUUACAGACCAGAUAUCAAUGAAUGGUCGGCUGAAAUUUACAGAUGAGAUAUCAAUGAAUGGUUUGCUGUUGGCAACCCUGAACACAAUGGCUUAUGAACUAAGAACAUGAGACUGGAGAUGAUAAGCUGUAAAUGUAGUUAUAAACAAAUUUGAUUUAAAAAAGAUAAUAAUGAAUCAAGAGCACUCUCCCUCACCAACACCGCAAAGAGCUAUUUAUGGAUUUGUGCUUUACCUUGCUUCAUUUAUUGGAAGUGGUAAUUUUAUUUUUAGUCAGUCACUUGAUCUUAAAUGUCUUAAUUAGGCCUAGUAAGUCAUUUCCAGAACUUUUUUUUGUGUGGACUGGUUAUUUUAUUAAAUCAUGACCCACGGAUAGCACAGUUUACAUAGGCUUAAGAGAUUAAAAUAUAUACAGUUUUUUAAAAAUUAAAAUAAAAUAAUAAUUUACUGUUAAAAAAAAUUGUAAAUUAAUCUAACUAAAACCAGGUAAAUUAUAAUAAAUGAUUUAAUGUAUACACCAUAUUAAAGAUAAAGAGAAGACUGUGAUGAUUACAUCUGGUCUCUUAAAAGUACUGUACUAUAGGCUUACCAUAAUUUAAAGGAUUGAAACCAGGACCUAUGGUGGGAGUAGGCAUCACCAGUGGAGUCAAAGGAGGCAUAACCGGCUAGUACUUUUUAAAAAAGUUAUUACUCUCGUACUAAUAUAAAACAGCAGAGUGUGUAGUGUUGCAAUUUUAUGAGUUUGCCCCAGGCAGCAUUUAUUCAAAGCAAUAAUUGAAGGUAUAUGACUGAGGAACAUACAAGAUUUGGAAAGUCACAUCCUUUGUGAAGGGUAUUUGGGGAGAUAAAUAUUCAUCUUUUCUUAUGUCUCACUUGAAUUUAAUAUCUAAGAAAUUGUGAUGCCGACUUAAUGUUUAAGAAAUAGGGAUGCCAACUCAAUAAAAUAAAAUUUACUGACACAUCAAAACAAUUUUUGACAGAUACAAAUUAAAAUUUAAGUUAUUGUUUAAAUAUUGAAGCUAAAAAAAUAUAUUAGAUAUCAGUAAGACUAUGUUUCUAUGACUUUAAUAAAAAGGCAUCAUACUGGUAUUCAUAUUUUAUAAGUUAGUCUAUUGUACAAUAUUCUCAUCAAUGUUGAAUUUAUUCUGAUUUUGAUAACAUAGUAUCUGUUUUAAGUGUAAAGCAAACAAGAAGAAAUAAAAAGCAUUCAGGUUUCCCACUGUUGACAGUUGAUGGGUUGGCAACUUUUUGAGAUAUAUUUUAUUCUUUUUGUCUAAAGUGUUGGGUAACAUGAACUAAAGUGCUGCCACAACCUGAGCCCCUCUUUAAUGAGUCACUGGUUUUGGUUUCAACCAUAGGUUCCUUAUUCAACAUUUAAAAUUAUGGUAGCCUUAUUAGAGAUAUCUGGUUUUUGUACUGACAAUGAAUAAAAUAUUUUUAACGUCAUGAAUUUCCUAAGCUAUUUUUUUCAUAAUUUAACCAAGUUAAAAUUUCUGAUGCUAUUAUUUUCAUAAUUUCAAAAAGUUAUAAUUUCCAGUGCUAUUCUUUUCAUAAUUUCACAAAAUUAUGCUUUUUUGUAUAUGGUUGAAAAGUUAUAAUGGAUAGGAACAGAGAUCAUCAAAUCAUAUUCUGCCAUAUGUCUUAGACAGCCUAAAAUUAUACCAUUAUUAAGAUUUGUAAAGCUAAAUGCCAAUACAACAGAAGUAAGAAAUUUAACCAUUGAUACAACCCUUCUUAUUAUAACUUCUUUCAUGUUCAAACUUUUGAAGAAUACGCUUAUAACGAGACUUUUGAUAAGUUAGAUGCAUAAGUUGCCAGUAUAUGUGUGUACUCACAUUUUACCCAUGGUCUGCAAGUCUGCAAAAACCAUUGUUUGCUAGAGUUAGCGAACUUACACCUACACUUGCGUAAAUUUUUUGGGUUGAUAUUUGGUAGUUUCAGAAGUAGUCACAUUAUUGUUAGAGUUUCUGUUGAUGGCCCUGGUCCUGACAUUCAUCCAUCUCCUGAAGGAGCCAAUCUGUAGAACUAUAGACAGACCAGAACUUUAGACACAGACUAAAUAUUUAAUCACGAGAUCAUCAAAAGUUCAUGAAAAGUUAUACAAUAGUUCAUGUUCAUAUAUUAAUUAAUAUAAUACAUUUUAAUACCGGUACCGGUUAAUAAAAACUUGUUAAAAUACCCGGUAACGAAAAUUUCAAUUUUUCAAGGUAGGCCCGGCACAAGUGAGUGGGAUUAAUUAAUCUGGGACUACAACUAGGGUAAACAUCUUCCCCCUUGGUUUCUGUGCUACAGGUUUCCAAAAAGGAGAAACUAUACCUGCUCUAAGUCUUUUUAAUUAAACAAAUAAUUCUUAAUUUUUUUCUUUUCCUUGUAAUGUGCAGCCCAAAAAUGUGUCCAUGGCCUCAUUCAGCACUGUUACCUGUAUUAUAAAUCAAACCAUACAAUUACAUCUAAAUAGAAAGACAGGGUAGCAAAAAUCUAUCAAUAUCAUACCACUAAAGGUUAAAAGUAACAAACGUGUACUUUCAUUUAACAUUAAUUGUAUGAGCUAUUCAAGUAUUGUUACCUUUUUCAGGAUUGUAUAUUGUCUGGGCAUAUGUUCCUGAUGCUUGGUUACAUUCUAUAGGCUUGACAUACUGGCCUCAGAAGUAAGCAUAGUUAUUUUUGAAUCACAAUCUUAAACAUUUAUUUAAUCCGUUUUGUGUUCUGUAACUCCAGUGAGGAUUUGUGUUGUAAGCCAUAUGGAUGCAGCAGUUGCAACACUUGCCCUUAAGUUAUCCAGACUUAUCACAUUCCCUUCCCUAUGGGCAGUUUUCAGAUAAGGGACCGUUUCCUUUGCACUAGCCACAAUGUUAUCAACGCAAUUGUUGACACCUGCUGCCAUAUGUCCUAUAUAGGUGAGACAGGAUGCAGACUCGGACAGAUGUGCUGAACACCUCCGUAUUAUUACACAAGAUAGGCAGUGUCCUGUCUCUAAACACUUCAAUAGAAGUGAUAUCAAGGGGUCUGCGGAUUUUACUAUUUGUGCGAUCAUGCCCUGUACUAACACACCAUACUGGUUGAAUUUGGAAAACAAUCUAUUGAACCUUGACACCACAUGGCAUGAAUAUCAUUUUCUCUUUCAUCUGUUAAACCUUUUCUCCAUCCCCUCCUCAUUACAGUUAAAACCAAUCGCAGUGGAUUUACAUUUCCUCUCUUCUUUCCCUUUUUGCCUGUGUUUAAUCUCUCACCUACUUAUAUUUUGUCACUUUCCUCUUGCUGUUCUUUCGGAUACUACGUUUCAGCUGAGUGUUAUUUUUAUUCAAUUCUGUUUUUACUGAUGUUUGUUCGCCAAUGAAGGCUUCUUGCCGACAUAUUCGUUGUUUUGUUGCAUUCUUUUUUUCAGGUUCUCCCUUACUUUGUUUCGCUCAUUUCCAAUUAUGUAGUACCGGGUACCAUAACUAGACAUUAGUAUUUACUAGCUGAUACAUAAUGAAUGGCAUCCACUAAAAUUUUUCAAAAUCUUUAUUAUUAUAGUGGAACCCAGGUAUACCAUGCCAACUAUAACACAUACAUGGAUUUAUUAUAAGGUGGUUAUAACACGGCUUCUGCAGUGUCGCCAAUUCAAUUUCACAUUAUUAGCUGUAAAAAUACCAACAUUAUGGGCCUGAAAUCAAGGAUUCUAUUAGACCCCAUUGUAUGUGUUUGUUGUUAUGAUUCUUGGUUGUAUUGGUAAUGACGCAGUUAAGUUGCAUAUAGUUAUUACAAAACACUGAUUUAACGUGGCUCUGUUACUGGUAUUAAUUUAAAGUCACCUGAUUUUAUGGAGCCCAAAUAUCAUGUUAAAUUCUGUAUAUUUAUAAAGUAAUACUAUUAAUAUAAUUCUUCUUCUUCUAUCAUUCUAGUUUUUGUAAUACAUGCAAAUAAAAUAUCACAAUAAAAUCAAUUUCAUCAAUUCCCGGUUCCACUAAAAACAUUAUAAAAUAUUACAUUUUUUUAAUCACAAUACUGGCAUAUUUAUUUUCGUUUGUAUUUUUAGGUACUGGGCUGUCGCUCUACCAGUCUAUUUUUGUGCUGCUGUAAUCCUGAGUUACAUUGCAUACACAGGAUUAAUACUGAUUAAAACCCACGCUUUAACUGAUGUCAGCUCAAUAACUGGUAACUUAAUUUUCAUUUGCAAAUAAAUAUCAAAGAUUAUUAUGAGAAAAUUCACGGUUUUCUCACUAUUAAAGUUUAAAUUCAUAAAAUAUAUUUAAUAUUAACUUACAUUAUGCUUUGAAUUUAUUAAUUCUUGGAAUAUUAAUUUUCAGAUGUUCAUGCUAUCUUUGAAGACAUUCAAUUAAGACAUUCAGAUGUUCAUGCUGUCUGUGAAGACAUUCAUCUCAGACAUUCAGAUGCAAUCCCACCACUAAGAGACCUUGAUAUUUCCACUGUGAACAUUUUACUUUAUACAAAUUAAUGUUAAUUUCUUAAUUUGAAGAUUUACUUUUGGGCCUACCCAUACAUGCAAUGCUUGAAAUAACAUUCUGUACUGAGAGUUAUCAAUUUACAAAUCCUGGGAUAAGCAAAUAGCCAGAAAAUGAUAAACUCAGACCUGAAAUUUAACAGCUCCAAAAACAAAACUACCGGUUUGUGAAUGUCACUGAUACCAACUGGAUUACGCAGGUUUGUGAAUGUCACUGAUACCAACUGGAUUAUGCAGGUUUGUGAAUGUCACUGAUACCAACUGGAUUAUGCAGGGCUGUGCAAAAAAAAAACAACUUCAUCCAGGGCAGAAUCCCAAAUGAGUAUCCCAGUCCUCCCCCUUUGCACAAGAUUUCCACCAUUCUGAAAAAAAUGAACCCUCUUAACGUCCAAUGGUUGAAACAUAAGAUUAUAAAUUCAAUAACUUUUGUCAAGUCAGAUGAUUUAUUUCACUUUGUUUAUUUAAUCUGUGUAUUACUACGAAUGACAUAAUUUAUUAACCGAUAAAUUAUCUCUAAUAUAUCUAAAUUGCUAUCAAAUUUAUCAUCUAAGAAAUUUUUUAAUUAAAAAUUGUUAUUGUUUGGUGUAAAAAAAACAACAACUAAAUUGGAUGAAAAUGGGACUUUAAAGAAAGAUUUUCAUGAAUUGUUGUUUAACCAUGUAGGAAGGAAUUUAACUUAUCAGAAUGCAUGGGCAAUGAUUGGGAAUUGUUCUUUUAUGUUUCCUGAUAAAACGCAAACUUACAAAUAAUCCAGUUUUCCAUUGUUAUUUUUUAGCAUUGUGUAUCUGUGUCUUAAAGUUUGAGUAAUGUUUAAUAAUAUUUUAAUACUCGUAUUACUUCAACUCAUCUCUGUCAGAAAGUAUUUUAUCGAAGUAAAAAAAAAAAAGCAACUGAUAUAUGUUAACUUAACUGCAAAGUUUAAAGCUUGUAAAUGAGUUAAAAAUUUAAUAAUUUUCUCAUUAAGUAAGUUUACAAAUAAUUGAUAUUUGAACUACAAUUGAUCAUUAUCAUUGGCGCUACAGCCCAUGUAGGGCCCUGGCCUGCUCCACCACAUCUGUCCAUUUAGACAUCAUCAUCUACAGCCCAACUAGGCCUGCUCCACCACAUCCAUCUCUCAACCAGACGAUUAUGCACAGGGCUGAUGACCCAGUCAUGUAAAAAAUCCAAUGUUACAAAAGCUAAAGCACAAACAAACUACAAGUGAACUAUAUUAUUAUAAUACUGCACAUUUAUUUUCUAUGCUUUUUGUUAACCCUUACUUUUAAAAAGUUUUCUUUAAAUAUAUAUUGGUUUUGCAUGUCAUUUUACUUCUAUUUCUAUAAAUGUGAUCAUGGCUAAUAAAUGUUGGUAAUCUGUGAUCUUGAAGUAGUAAAGAAAAAGACCCCUAAUGCAGAAAUUAACAUCAUUAUGAUAGAUACUUUUUGUCUGAAGAAUGAAAUAUGCUUUGUUUUAUUUUAGAGGUGUAUAGUAUAAAUAAAUUAUAACACAAUCAAUUUUAGGCUUAUAUUAUUAUCAUUUAACAAAAUAAAUAUAGGUAUCUAUCACUACUGAAAUACAUGAUAAGAUGUAACAAUAAUGUUAACAUUUAAUGAACAUUAUAAUUAUAAAUUACUUUACUUUAUAAUAUGUC